CUCGUCCACGCUGUUCGCGCUGUCACAAUACUGUCCAGAGGUGAAUCAGGGAAGGUGCUUGGCAUAACAAUGCUGCGAAUACGAUGGGAGCUGCUGCUAAUGGCCAUCAUAUUCUGGCAGAGAGGCCAGACAGAAAUGAAUGAGACCAAGCAGAGUCUUGGGCAUGUGUCUGUGGUAAUUGUGGGAGGAACUGGUGACUUGGCCAGGAAGUACCUGUGGCAGGGCUUUUUCCAGCUCUACGCUGACCAGGUAGGCAAAGGAUACACCUUUUCAUUUUUUGGUGGGGGCCUUUCGCCUGCUGGGAAGGGCACCGAAGUGCUGUUUGAGAUCUUGAAGGAGCUUACUUGCCCUUCGGAGCUUUCUGCAGAACGCUGUGCAUUGGUUAAAGAGCAGUUCCUGCAUCUGGCCCAGUAUCAUCAGCUGAAGACUUCUGAGGACUAUGAGAAGCUCAUCCAGCUGAUCAAACUGCAGGUAGAACAGGAAGAUAUGGUGGAAGCAGGGAGGCUCUUCUACUUGUCUGUACCAGCUUUCUCAUAUGCAGACAUUGCUGACAAGAUCAACAGCACUUGCCGCCCCUCACAUAACGCAUGGCUAAGGGUUGUGCUGGAGAAGCCAUUUGGACAUGAUUUUGGUAGUGCCCAGUUCCUUUCCAAACAGCUGUCAGGCAAGCUUAAUGAAGAGGAGAUGUACAGGAUUGACCACUAUUUAGGCAAGCAGGUUGUGUCUAAAAUAUUGCCAUUUAGGAUGGAGAAUAAGAAACUUCUGGACCCCAUCUGGAACAAGCACCAUAUUGAAAGAAUAGAAAUUGUAUUAAAGGAAACCUUAGAUGCCAAAGGGCGGAUUCAGUUUUAUGAUCAAUAUGGAGUCAUCAGGGAUGUUCUCCAGAACCAUCUUACAGAAUUCAUGACCCUUAUGUUGAUGAACCUUCCUGCAAACCUAUCCAACAGUGCGGAGAUACUAAAAAACAAACUCAUUUUCUUGGCUUCCCUUAAUUUCAUUGAUAGAAGCAAUGCAGUUAUUGGUCAGUACCAUGCUUACAAUGGAGAAGUUCAGCAAGAGCUUAAUAAAACAAAGGAUUACUUCAGCCGUACUCCCACAUUUGCUGGUGUGGUCAUUCAUGUCGACAAUGCACAGUUUGAGGGCAUCCCCAUUUUUAUGACCUCAGGCAAGGCACUUGAUGAACGUGUUAGUUAUGCUCGUGUUCUCUUCAGAAGUGACACAUUUUGUGUCCAGGAUUCCAACAAUGUUCAGUGCAAACCCAAACAGAUUAUAUUUUUUCUGGGUCAUGGGAAACUUCAGUACCCAGCGAUUCUUGUCAGCAAGAAUCUCUUCAAACCUGAUCUGGUGAGCAGCAAUUGGAAAGAGAUCACAGAGUACAAAGAUGUGAAUGUGCUGGGGUUACCACUCAGUGAUCAUUACGUCCAGACACCAAUCGUACCCAGAGAGGCUUAUUGCGAGCUGAUCUUGCAUGUCUUCAUUGGCCGCAAGGACAGCUUUAUCAGUUCAGAGGGACUCCUUGCUUCCUGGGCAUUCUGGACUCCACUCCUUGACAGCUUGGCUCAGGACUUUCCUCGGCUAUACCCUGGUGGUGUAGCCAAUGGCAACCUGCUGAACUUUCAACUGCGUGGCCAUCAGGUCGCCUUUAGCCAUGAAGCAUUGGUCAAUGUGAUCAAGACAGGUGUGGAGGAGAACUUCCAGGUGAUGCAAGGGAAGUUCCGUAGUUCUGAUAUGGUGUCCGCAUGGGCACAGGAACUGGUGGAACGUUUGGCCUCUGAUCUUUUGCUGGCCGCUGAGAAGGCCAUUCAUGAAGAAGGUCAGUUUCACCUGGCGUUGUCUGGUGGCUCCAGCCCAGUGGCACUACUCCGUUCUCUUGCCCUGAACCUCUACACUUUUCCAUGGCGCAACACUCAUAUAUGGCAAGUGGACGAGCGAUGUGUCCCACACACAGAGUCAGGCUCAAACUUCCAAUCCAUUCACAAUCUCCUGCUUCAGCAUAUUCGCAUACCCUACUUUAAUAUCCACCCCAUGCCAGUGCACCUUAACCAGCGGUUAUGUGUGGAGGAGGAUGGUGGUCCUAUUCUAUAUGAGAAAGAAAUCAAUCAAUUUAUCAAUGCCUCCAGGUUCCAUUACAUCCUGCUAGGUGUGGGUCAUGAUGGCCACACUGCCUCACUGUUCCAGGACACCAAGUUGGACAGUCAUAGAGAACGACUGGUUACUCUGACUGAAAGCCCAUUUAAACCUCACCAGAGGAUGAGUCUCACUUUCACAGCUAUCAAUAGAGCUCAAAGGGUAGGUGUUUUAGUUAUGGGAAAAAGCAAGCAUGAACUUGUCACUCAGCUCAGCCGAAUCAAGGGGGAAUCAACCAAGUAUCCCAUAACCAAAGUACAGCCAAAGAGUGGUACUCUAAUAUGGUAUUUAGACUAUGAUGCUUUAUUAGGAUAGGUGCCCUAAAGAUUGAUCUAAAUGAGUAUACAAUAAUGACAACCCCUAUUUUUCAGAUUGAAUGCUGUAUUAGGAGUGAUUGAAUUAUCAAUUGAAGUUUGUUGAUCCUCAAAUGUAGUGUGAUGACAUAAUUUUAAAUAGUUGUCAGUUGCAGUUGUGAAGAGGAUUUGUGUGAGUGUUAUUUCAAUGCUGUGAAAGACUUUUCAAACGGCUAAUUUUACUGUUUUUGGAAUGAUUGCCUUAUCAAUGAUUGUGCAUUUGAAAUCUCAGGAAUACUAGUAGUUUACAGAAAUUUAUUUAAAAUGACAAUUUUGGUUAUGUAGCUAAAGUACAUUAACAAGAUUAGACUGUACAAUUUAGAAAGCAAUAAUGGAGAUACUUAUGGAACACUUCAUUCCACAUCAAGCACUUAAGCCACAGUUGAGAUCAAGCAGUGGUCAGAUAAAAAAUAAAGUAAUUUAAAUGGUUGCUUAAUAUAUAGCUGCAGCAGACUGUUAACAUUUGAGAUGGAAAACAAUUAUGCCCUCGAAUCUUUGUUUUUUAAAAGGAAAAACAGAAGUAUUUGGUUUCUUUUUCCUCUUUAAACAAGGAUUUAAAUAGUGAAAUGAAUGGUUAAAUCCUGUUAUAAGCAUAGUCAUAGACCUGAGGUUAAGAAUCCAUACUAUACAUAUCCACAAAACUUGGAACUUGCCAUAUCCAAUGUUUCAUUUCCAUAUCCAAAAAGUACAACCUUUAAUGUGCUUUUUAUUUUUAGAUUGAUUUGAAGUUCCUGUUAUUAGUCUUGCUUGAUAAAACCAUUCCAGAAAAACGUUGUUCCGUCAGGUUUGGUGUCAGAUUUGUGUAACUUGUUUAAAAUAUUGAAUCGUUCCAUGCUUUGUCUGCAGGAGUUUGGACAGUAUUGUCUAAUUGAUUACCACCACCAAUAAUUUUGCCAAUAAAUCCAUUGUAGUCCAGAUGAGUAACAUUACAUUCCACAGGGAUGAUCUAAUGUGUAAAAAUGUGACUGAAAUAAACAUGCUUGAUAAUGAAAUAAUAUACUGAAGU